AACCAGCUCCAGUUGACAAACAUUCAGUGUGUGCUAGCUGUAUUGCCCGCAGUGCGCGGCGCUGAGACUGGAUCAAUACAGGCCCGCUUUUAUUGCUGCUCAAUGUGCAGCUGGAUCUCAAGUCGGCAGCUUUAUCUUGGCAAGCUCGUCGUGGAGCAUGUUUAUCUAAAUUUUGGCUCGCGCCUCAUUUCGAGAAGUCACUAGAUACACGUUGUAAAUAAGAAAAUGCUCGCUCCUGUGAAUAAUACAAAUAAUAUCUCCAUGGAACCUGAACAUGAACACCCAUCCCACCACCCUGAGGAUUUGUGGGUUUUUCAAGCGUCUGCCAUCCUCCUAGCUAUUCUAUGCGUUGUAGGCAAUGGUUUAAUGGUGACUGCUUCCACAACUGCGCGGCGGUUGUCUAGACUGACGUCGAAAAACUGUCUCUUUUUCAGCCAAUCUUGCGGGCUGCUACUCUUUUCGCCUCUGUCUCUGAUCUACCCCACACGGCUGGCCGCCUUGAGGUACUCUUCAAGUCCAACUGCGGACACAGUCGACGCGCUGACGGGGCCAACGUUUUGCUUGGGAGCUGGUUCUCUGCCUGUGGUUGUAACCACAACUGCUCCAACUGUACACACACUUCUUCUAUCCCUCGACCUCUACCUGCCGCUGGUCGAUUGCCUCCUAGAAUGGCAGCACUUGGCCACCGUGGCCGCUUUUUCUUGGUUUCUCAUCUUCCUGGUAGCUUUAUUGCCGUUAAUGGGUUGGAACUCUUGGAGCGGACUGUGCUAUCUGCCGAUGGUGUGGACAACAAAAUAUUCGGGCUUCCUUUCCAUGUUGCACAUACUGAUGGCUAUGGCUUGUGCGUACCUUUUGUUGGGAAUGUUUAUUCACAGCCGUUUGGGAAAGGAGUCAACGCCUCAAGAUGAGAAACCGACCAAGGAUGCGACGAUUCACGUUCUGCCACCUUGGGAAUCAAAAGCCCGCCUCAUGAGCAUCCUACUGCUUGUUAUUUGCACAUUUCCCUUCUUGUUAACCGUCCUUGUGCACUCGAACGUAGUGCCAGAGCACCAACCAAUUUUACUGCAAAUUGCUUGGUUGGCAAGGCAUGACUCUGUUUUGCCUUGGUCCCUACUCCUUGCGAUUCUACCAGCUGCCCUACUGCCAUUGUUUUGUAUUGCUGCAGAGCCAUACCUCUGUGCAGCCCUUAGAAGUUUAGGCCGCAGGUUCAGUUGCUACGGAUUACCCUACGUUCGGCCUAGACGACAUCCUCGCAGACAGAGAAAUGUUGUCACCCCUGCAUCUGAAGAGGACUAAAUUUGCCUCCUUCUUCUGUCCAGACUGAUUUUACCCCAUCCCAAAUUGAAAUUUGAUUUUUUGUAAAUUAGAAUAAUUUUUUUUUGCGAAAUAAACAAUUUAUUGAA